AUGGAAGGGCAAGCACUGACGGCGGCGGCCCCCGCUGCCUACGGUGCCAUCCCCCCUCUGGCGCAUCACCUAGAGAGUCAGGCCACGCAUGUGGAGUCUCUGCAGAUACUGAGCCGCAAGCUGGAGCGCAACACGUUCGCGCCGGUGGUAUGCAGCAUCCUGGGUGUCGUGGUUUUCAUGCGUCUCGGGGUCGUCGUGGGGACGCUGGGUAUCUAUUACGCGCUGAUCGUCAUAUUUGUGGCCUUCGUCAUUAGCUUUCUUACUGUCAUGUCCAUGUCCGCGCUCGCGUCCACGAGUGACGGAUUGGCAAGUGGAGGGCUGUUCAAUGCGCUGCGCCGCUCGCUAGGCCACCGACUAGGCCACAUGAUUGGCCUCAUGAUGGUCUUGUCCUUCAGUAUCGGCGCCGCGUUCUACCUGCUCGGCUUUAGUGAGCUGGCAAUGGUCGUGAUGGGACUGCAUAACCGUAAUGGGCUCGUCUUACCGUGGAAUGAAGACGCAUCGGCUGUCACUGUGGUAACUGCGAGCGUGAUCCUGGCGGUGCUGAUGUAUGGAGUACAGAACCGCAUCACGUUGCGAGCUCUACGACUUGUAUUUGUCAUGGUGAUGGUGGCGGUGGGGUGCAAUAUGUUGUUUUUGUUGGUACCUAACGCUGCGAAGCAUACAGGAAUGUCGAUCAAACACUUUAGACAGAACUCGGAUGAGCACACACCCAAGAUGCUCAGGCAGAUGUUCGAGACGUUCUUUCCUGGGUUUUGUGGCGUUAUUGCAGGCGCAAAUUUGGCCGAGUUUGUGUCGGAGAGAAGCGCAGCCAGAGUGUCGUCUGCUAUUGCGAAGAAAGCGUCGCAGUAUUUUUUGUUGGGAAUUCACAAGGCGCUGGCGUUCAGCUUUAUCAUCUACGCGGUGCUCGGAUUCGUACUCGCUGCUUGUGUAGAGAAUCAAGUGCUUCAGACAGUGCCGCUCAUCGUCCCGCUUGUGGUGGAUUCUGCUUUGGGAGUACCGCUCAUCUUUCUGGGCGUGGCUUCUACGACGCUAUCGUCGGCACUUUCGAGUAUUAAAGGAGCUUCCACCAUUUUUGUGGCGCUGUCCGCUCAACCAUUCCAGUCAAAUGAAGCUCACUCCCCGUCAAUGGAGGCUGAAGUUACGGUAACAGAGGUGUCAUAUAGCCAAAGCAGCACACCCAUUUCACUAGCGUGCACUUGGGCAGUGUGUCAAGCUGCUUUACUAUGCGGAACGGUUGACGCGAUCAUUCCAAUCGUAAGCUCCACAUUCCUCCUGACGUUUUUCCUUAUCAACUUCGCGUGCUUUUUUCAAGAUCUAUCAUCUACGACGUUCCACCCCUCCUUUCGUAUGUACUCGAAGUGGACUGCCUUGCUGGGCUGUGCGCUUUCGUUGAGUGCGUUCUUUCUUGUUGUGUCAACGCUAUUCGUGUCAGUCGCAAGUGUAUUACUGCUGGGUUACACUGUAUACUACCAUGACGAACUCGUUCAAUUCGUAGACGAGCUCCGACUUUCUCAUCAUGGUGAUCGGCGCCGCCUCCAUCGACAGGAUGCCGUUGACGAACAGAUUUUGGCAUACGAGGCCAGGUCACCGUUGGGCAUAUCAGGGCGAUGUCAAUCUCGGCGGCGGGGGUCCCAUCAAGUGAUAGACGAAAAACGAAUUGAGUUGGCUGCUCUGUACGUGCGUGACGCUAUUCACGGUCGGUUUCUUGGAGAGGAAUAUUUGAUCGAUGGUCUGAAUCGAAUGCAUUACAAGCAGCUUUACCACGGUCUUUGGUACAUCCGGACGGCAAACGUAUGCUUGCUGAUGUCGCUUGCCUUCUUCGAAACGCCUUCGUGGUGCUUCUUCGAGUCUUCGUGUGGUGAUCACUUGAAAGUCCUGACGUGGGAAUUACCAGUGCUCUCGAAGAAUGCGUCCAUCGGUAUCGAGCUCGUGUGCCUGUUGUUUUUAGGUUUGGAGCUGUCGAUGAAGUACAAGUACAUGGGGUCUCGCGUGUAUUUUGUGGACAAGUGGCACGUUCUCCAGAUUAUCUUCGUGCUUGCAGACUUUGUGGCAGUACUCACGGUGCUCGUCGUGCCACAAGAUACGGAUCUGGACGGAAACAAAGGUGAACGAGAGCUGGUCCCAAGUGGAUCUAAGCCUAUUGUCUUAGCACCACUUAUCCGUCCACUUAUCGUGAUAUCCAUGAGUCAACGGCUACGAUCCGGCUUCUCCAGCUUGCUCAAGGCCUUGCCACGCUUCGCUGACGGUCUUAUAACGCUGGUAUUUCUUAUCAUUCUUUUUGCGGUUCUCGGCAUGAUGCUUUUCGUGGAUACUGCAGAAGCUGGCGUAUAUUUCAAGUCGUUUGAGGAUGCAUGCCUGAGUCUCAUUAUCCUGCUUACGACUGCCAAUUUUCCAGAUGUGAUGAUGCCUAUCUACUCGCAAGCCCGCAUCUACAGUCUCUUCUUCAUCAGUUUCUUGAUGAUCGGCCAGCUGCUCGUGAUGAACCUGGUGUUUGCUUCAAUCUACCAACACUAUCGACAAGAAAUCGCUGAACGCGCAAUGGAGUAUUCAACUAAGAGAAAGCUCGCACUUCAAGCUGCAUUUCAUCUCUUGCCGACCGAACAGAUCAUACUUCCUGAAGGUGCGAUGGAACAGGAUGCACAUUUCAAAGUUAUCGGCCAGAGCACAUACAAUCGCCUCAUGAACAAGCUCAUGCGGCCGACAAUGUCUCUAUUUCGUGAUGAUGAGUCAACUGAAACUGAAGAAAUCGAGAACUCAAACAAUGAGCCAAUCGCUUUCGAUGAGUUCGUGGUUCUCAUUAAAGCAUUCAUGGCGAGCGAGAAAUCGUCAACUGCGGCCCCUUACGAGCCACGUGACUUAAGUGGCUACGUGAUUAUUCGUGCGACUCAGCGUUUUGUGGCCUGUGGGUGGUUUGACAGAGCGGUUGAUGUUAUUAUCCUCGGAAAUUUCAUUGCAAUUCUCAUGGAAAUCCAAGCCAAGAUUCAUGGUGAAGUGGCUGUGAGUCUAUUGUGGGAGCGGUGGAUGCUAGUAUUCUCUUUGGUUUACAUCGUCGAGAUGAUACUAAAGAUGUAUGUCUUCCGCUUGGGUGGAUACUUUAGCUCUACCAAGAACAUCUACGAUUGCGCAGUGACGCUUGUCAUUUUCGUUGCAGAAGUCAGUGUGCACUCACAUAGUUUUGAAGUGGAGUGGCAAUGGAUUCGUCUGUUGUUGCUAUUUCGCUUCUUACGCUGCUUACGACUUCUCGUAGCGUUACAAGCCUUGAGCUCCAUGUUUGCCAUUGUCGUGCGGUUAAUCCCGGCCUUUGCAACACUUUAUGGGAUGCUCGGACUGCUGAUGUACCAGUAUGCAGCAGCCGGAAUGCAGCUAUUUGGAGGCAAACUCGUUGUUGGAGAUCCACGCCUGGCCUCAAUCCCGUAUGGCCAAGCGAACUUUUACAGCAACAAUUUUAAUGACUUCGCUUCGUCAUUGACGACUCUGUUCGAGCUGCUGAUCGUCAAUAAUUGGUUUGUCACGAUGGAAGGCGCAGUGGCAGUGACGACGAAGUGGAGUCGUAUCUAUUUCAUCAGCUUCUACGUUGUAGGAGUUGUCAUGGUGCUAAGCCUUGUAGUUGCAUUCGUGGUAGAGGCCUACUUUGAAACUGCGGCAAAGCUGGAAGCAGUAUCCCAGACUACGGAGAUCAACGUAUCCGAGAGUUCAAGUUUUCCAGGUACGACAGACUCCAAAAGCCACGAAUCAGUCGCUUCAACUAAAACAAAACAAAGGCUACUAAGGAGAGGGUCCUCUUCUCUACGUAUGCGACCACGGGCCGACAGCAUCUACGUUGAAGAAUUUCUGUGA